AUGCUUGGGGCUAUUCGAGCGCCUGGCCACACUCAAAGCGGUAUUACGACAUUUUGUGCUUUAUUUGACAUCGGGAUUUCCUCGACAGGCGGAUCCAAUUUCACUCUUUGGUCGAGACUUCAUAAAAAUUACAGCUUGCUCAUGCACAACCAUUUAUUUUGCUCAAAGGAAGAGAGAUGCGGCGAUCCUCCUAAUCCUCAGGAAAGACGACUCCUUCACCUGCCACUGCUUUACAUGCGUCCUUUUGCCUUCUUUAACAUGGAAGCUACUCUUAGAAGCCAUAGUGAGCAGAGGCAGAGCAUAUUUGAUAUCCUUCCCUUCGGAUUAUCAAUGUUGUAG